UUUGCCACAAUUGUCGCCGAGCUACAUAAUUGUUUAAUAAACAAUUAAUCACUAAUAUAAACAAAAUAGUGCGAAUAGUGCGUGCGAUAUACAAACUAAUUGUAUGUUCUUUCCAUUGAUUCGCUUCCAAUACGUUCGUAAUUUGCGGGCAGACCAACAACAACAAAAACAACAACGAAAACAAUAAAAACAAAAACAAGAGAGGCAAAGCCACAACGCAAAGGAGAUUGAGAUUCGCAACGCAAUCAAAAAAAAUUCCAUAAAACGGAAUAUAACAUACGCUGCCUGAGUGUGUGUGUGUUGUGCGUGUGUGUGCCGUGAGAGAGAAAGAGGAAGGGGGCCGCGCGCAUAGCCCAAAGGUGGUUAACAGCAGCAGUAGCUAGAGAAGCAGCAGCAACAAUAACAACAAGAACAAACACAACAACAACACKACAAGCGAGACCUUGAAAACUUUAAAAGAAAUAGCAACAAAAAAAACUCAAAUUUUAACGAAAAACGCAAACAGAGCCGAGCGCAGAGAGGCAACGGCAACGGCCGCAAAGUUAUGGAGAGUGACAAUUUUCCGCAACGCGCCAAUUAACAAUAAUAAUACUAAUAAUAAUAAAAAAUAAUAAUAAUACCAACUAAAACACCAAAUGCAUGGAGAUCAGCGAAUUCGAAUUCGAAUUCGGAAGCCGUGAACACGUAAACGUAAACGUAAGAAUCAAAAUCAAAACAAGCUAACGAUUUACACCCAUAACAAUAGCAGCGCCCACACACAUAGCACUCACACACAUCAUGGCAGCAGUAGUUGCAGCCACAGCGAACAGCGGCAGCGGCUGCGUCGCAGUUAUGACAGCAGCCACAGCCGUCGGGGACAGUGAGACGAACGACGGAAGCGGCGCAUCGAAUGGACGAGAAGCGCGUAAUCUGGCCGAGAAGCAGCGGCGGGAUAAGCUAAAUGCGAGCAUACAGGAGCUGGCCACAAUGGUGCCGCAUGCGGCCGAAUCGACACGGCGUUUGGAUAAGACAGCCGUGCUACGAUUUGCCACCCACGGCCUGCGGCUGCAGUACAUCUUUGGGAAAUCGGCAACGCGUCGUCGACGCCGGCUGAAUAUGAAGUCAGCCGGCGGUGGCAGCGCCACUGGACCAGAAGCUGUCGGAGGCAAUGGCAAUGGUAUUGGCGUUGGCGAUACGCCACUGCUGACGGAUAGGCUGAUGCAGCUGCUCGACAGCUUCUUUCUGACGCUCACAUGUAACGGGCAGAUUGUGCUCGUGUCGGGCAGCGUGGAACAGCUGCUCGGCCACUGCCAGUCGGACCUGUACGGCCAGAAUCUGCUGCAGAUAACCCAUCCUGAUGAUCAGGCGCUGUUGCGUCAACAGCUAAUACCGCGUGACAUCGAGACGCUCUUUUAUCAGCAGCGCCAAUGCCAGCGGCAACGUCGCAGCCAACAGCACACACAGUCGCAGUCGGCCAGCGACGAUGAUGACGACGAUGAAGAUGAUGGUGGAGGCGGAUGUGGAGGUGGAGGUGGGGGCAGAGGCGGCGGCAGUUGUGGGGGAGGCGACGAUGACGAGGAAAUGGAACAACUAGACCAGGACCUAGAACGAACACGCACGCCCAGCCCCCAAACCAUCGCCCAUAUGGCGGCCAUCGAUGAGCGGCUGCGCGCCGAUCGACGCUGCUUCACGAUUCGCCUCGCCCGCGCCUCGACCCGUGCCGAAGCCACGCGUCACUAUGAGAUGGUCAAAAUCGAUGGUUGUUUUCGGCGCAGCGACUCGUCCGUGACGGGUGGCGCGGCCGCCAACUAUCCAAUCGUAUCGCAGCUGAUAAGGCGCUCACGUAAUAAUAAUAUGUUAGCAGCCGCCGCCGCCGCAGCAGCAGCAGCAACAAAUGCAGCAGCAGCGGCAGCGGCGACGACGACAUUAACCGCACCCUGCCUGCCGCAGCACGAUGCCAUUGCACAGGCAGCGCUGCAUGGGAUCAGCGGCAACGACAUCGUCCUGGUGGCCAUGGCGCGAGUGAUGCGCGAGGAGUCAACCUGCCUGAGCCUCAUGUGCCGCCAGCCGGAGCCGUAUCAGCUGGAAUACCGAACGCGGCACCUCAUCGACGGCAGCAUCAUCGACUGUGAUCAGCGCAUUGGCAUCGUGGCGGGCUACAUGAAGGAUGAGGUGCGGAACCUGAGCCCGUUCAGCUUCAUGCAUUUGGACGAUGUACGCUGGGUGAUUGUGGCACUGAGGCAGAUGUACGACUGCAACAGCGACUAUGGCGAGAGCUGCUAUCGUCUGCUAUCGCGAAAUGGACACUUUAUUUACCUGCAGACGAAGGGCUUCCUGGAGAUUGACAAGAACAGCAACAAGGUGCAUUCGUUUCUGUGCGUCAAUACGCUGCUGGACGAGGAGGCCGGCAAGCAGAAGGUGCAGGAGAUGAAGAACAAAUUCUCGACGAUCAUCAAGGCCAACAUACCCACGCACACCAGCCCCGAUCUGCCGGCAUCUCGGGCGCCCCAGCAGCUGGAGCGUAUUGUGCUCUACUUGAUUGAGAAUCUGCAGAAGAGCGCGAAUGGUGGCCAGGCCAAUGGUGGCGCUGCCGAUGCGAAUGGCAAUGGCAGUGCCGACGUCCACAUGGAUGCCGUGGAUGAUAUGUGCUGCAGCAGCAGUUCGCCCGCCUCUAGCCAUGCGACGGGCACAUUCGAUGAGCAGGCGCCGUCCCCUGCACCGCUGGCCCUUGUGCCACCCGCGCCUGGCCAUGUGAAGCACUCGAUAUCGAAGUCGGUGAAUGUGGUGAAUGUGACGUCGGCGCGAAAUCUGCAGUACCAGCAGCAGAAACAGCAGCGGGAACAACAACUGGAGCUGAAACAGGAGCAGAAGCAGCAGCAACUGCAGGAGCGCAACAUUGUGAACGGCAGUGGAGGCGGCGGCGUCACACGCCAGCUGAGCAUCAGUCUGAGUGAGAGCUCCACACUGUCGCCGGCUAGUGCCAGCAGCUUGGAGCUGCCGGAUGAUGCCAACAGCAAUACAUCCCCUCCGCCAGCAGCGCGCGUCAGUGUGCUCCAGAGGCUAAUGGCGACACCGCCGACGACGACAGCGACAACAACGGUAAUGCCGAAGACGGUGGCCGCUGAAGCGCCAUCGCCGCCGGCGCAGCUGCGUGCGGUGCUGUCCAAUACGCUGCGCAGCCUGGAUACGAAGCUGGCGACGCUGGGCGAGGAGGCGCAGCAGCAGAAACAGCAGCAGCGACAGUGCAGCGCACUGCCGCCCAAAUACGAGAGGCAAAUGGAUGCCAUAUUGCUGGAGCACCAGAAGCAGAAGCAGCUCCUGGUCAACAUUAAGAGCGAAUACGAUGCGGUCCAUCAUCACACGAUUUCAGUGAUAUCCAAGCAAGCGACAACGACAACAGCGUCCAGUGAGAGUAACGGCAGCAGUAACAGCAGCAGCAGGAGCGGCAGGAGCAACGGCAGCCAAUAGUGGUGGAGAUUCAAAUGUGGCGGCCUGUGCGCUGCAAUGGAUUAGCUACAAUCUUUAAUUUAUUUAGUCUAAAUAGCUCAGUAUUCAGUGCACGGCUGGAGCUUUGGCUACCUAACCGCCCACCCUCAACCCUCAGACCACUCUAGCUUCCCCUCCCCACACACUGCAGCAUCCAGAUCCCAUUUCAAGACCCAGUGCGAUCAGAGUACAAAAUCAUAUAUAUUGUUUUAAGCGAAAUUUACUCACUAACUAUUAACACGUUUUAACAA